AUGGGCCCUUUUUGUGUCGUCUUGACCGCGGGUCUUGCUCUCCUCGGCGGCGUGCAGGCUGCAGCAACACCAGUCCAGGAAUGGGGUUACGGACCCGGGUAUAACGUCUACCUCCCCAAGGGCUUCAAGAAGGCGCUUUUCGUCGACAACUUCUCCCUGUACUGGCCCGGUUCCCUUCCUUCUACCUCCAAAUGGGCCUUUGACUUGGGCACAUCCUACCCCGGGGGUCCAGGAAACUGGGGCACCGGCGAAGUCCAGACCUACACCUCCUCCACCAACAACAUCGUCAUCACCACUUCUGGAACACUCCAAAUCACACCAGUCAAGAAUCCAGUCACGGGCGCCUGGACAUCCUCCCGAAUUGAGACUGUCGCAGCUAGAGAUAUCGUCUGUCCUCCCGGCCAGGCGAUCCGAAUCGAGGCCUGGAUCAAGCUCGGUGACCUCCCCGCCAGCAAGCAGCUUGGCAUCUGGCCUGCAUUUUGGAUGCUGAGUUCUGCGUACCGAGGCAACUACUGGAACUGGCCGAUGAUUGGCGAGAUUGACAUCCUGGAGAACGUCAACGGCGCGUCGGCAGCGUGGCAGACGAUACACUGCGGGCCGAAUGCGCCGGGCGGGCCUUGCAAUGAGUAUACGGGGGUCACCAAUCAGGCGGCGCUCGACAGAAGCAGGUUUCAUAAGUUUUCGGUGGACAUCGAUCGAACGAACCCCGGCGGGAGUUGGAGGGGGGAGAAGGUCGUGUGGAGGAUCGAUGGGAAUGUCGUGUUCACUGUGGAUGGGAACCGGGUGAAUAACGAGACGGCUUGGACGGCGGUUACGCGGACUCCCAAGUUCAUUCUGCUCAAUGUUGCUGUGGGAGGCUCGUUUCCGGAUAACGUGGCUAACCCGAGCUUGGGGAGGACGCCGACUGAUGCGACGGUAAGAUAUGUUGCUGUUUUCAGUACCUGA